AUGAUAAUAUCGAAGAUGAUAAUAUUGAAGAUGAUGAUACUGAAGAUGAUGAUACUGAAGAUGAUAAUAUUGAAGAUGAUGAUAUUGAAGUUGAUAUUGAAGAUAAUCAUGGUGAAAGAAGUAACAAUGAUGAUUGUCAAGGGGAAGAUAAUUGCCAAAGGGAAAAAGAUAUUGAUUAUAUACAGCUUGCGCUUUUUAAAGUUUUCCCAGAAGUUCCAGAAAUAAAAACAAAUGCGGGUACAAAAAUUGCAGAGUGGAAGAAAAAUCCCCAAGUCUCUGAGGCAUAUAAUAGAUUGUGGGAAGUGGACGAUAAUGAACUCACAACAAUUAAUACAAUCAUCAUGAAGACUAUGCCGAAAGAGUCCAAAGAAGACUGUGUAACACCAACAAUAAUUGCCUUUGCACUUGCAGUCUGUUGUAUUGUUUUAAAUCCACAUGGUAAAGAUAUUCGAUGUGCUGAAGAUGCCAUUAAAAAACAUUAUGACUCGAGAGAUGGAAGCAAAGCAAAUGACUAUGACGAUAAUGAAAUUGAAGAACUUCCUGAAAAUGAUAUUAAUGAAGACGCGAGAUUAUUUGAAUAA